AUGUUGCAUUACCUGAAUACAAAAGGGGGAAUUAAAAUUAAUGUUUCUACAGUUCCACGACCAUAUUUUAGUAAUCAUUAGAAUGAAUACAUAACUAUUCCAUAGUCAUAGACUAAUAAAAAAGGAGAAUCAAAUUAUCUAACUGGAUUGAGAAGGAAUUCAAAAAUUUUAUUCUUAAAAUGCUUGCCACCUAGGAAGCUAGGGUUUAACUUACUUAAGGUGAUCCUAAUUCAAAUCAAUUUAUUGAAGGAAAGGAAUGCAAAUGCAAUCAUAUUGAAAUCAAGGAUACAGAUUGCAAUUUAGUUGAAAUUUAAUAUAGUUUUGGCUUAUAUUAAUUUGAUGAUCAACCAGGCUGAAAACAUAGAAGAGGAGUAUUAGAAACUUAUUUUGUUAUGGUUCAAAUUGUACAACACAAGAGCAUUUGAAGUGAGGAUUAUAGAAUUUGAUGAAUAUGACUUGUUCGUUUUAAACAUCAGGAAUGAAAUCAUUACUCAAUGGUUUGACAAUAAGGAAUUUCCAUUGACUGCUCAAUCUCAAGUGUCUAAGGCUGGGGAUUUUGACUCAGAUCCAAGUGUUCAUUCUGAAGUGAUGGAAACAGAAACUUUUACUUUAAAUUAAUUAAAACAGUAAUUCAAAUAGAAGAAACAAAAGAAAUAAUACAAAUGA